AUGAGGCCCCACGCGGCAGCCAACCCCGCCCGGGACGGAAUCUCCCAGCCCAGCCAUCAUCAUCAUCCCCAACCACAGCGCCAAGCAUCCUCUUCAUCAUCGCAAACAUCGCAUACAUCACGGACAUCACAGACAUCACAGACGUCGCAAACGGGCAUCAAAGUCGCCGCAGAAACACAGGGAAACCACCCCGGAGAUGAAGACGCCCCGUCUCCCUUCACCAUCGACCCGGAAGGGCCGCUUACGCACGACAAAACCACCGUUGACGUCGUCGCCGUGCCUUGUCCGGGUGGCCAUCCCCUCCGGAGCUGGAACCGAGAUGGAUUGAUGGGUCGGUACUACGGCGCCCUGUCCAUGCGGGACGCCGAAGCGAAGAGCGACGAUAACGACCGGCCGUCUCCGUCUUGGGUCCGGCAGGGGAUCAGGGGAGAGGCAGAUCGUGCGAGGAUACUGCUGUACGAGCAUCCCGAGGUGGGGGAGUCGACCACGCUGAGCGCGCUGGCGGAUGCGCUGCUGCUGGAUUUGCAGCGCCUGAGGGAGAGCGAGGGGCAGGAGAGGCCGCUACUCUUUGUUGCCCAUAGCAUUGGCGGGUUGGUGGUGAAGAUGGCGUUGACCAAGGCCAAGGGGCACGCCCGAUAUGAAAAUGUCCUGAGGGACUGCCAUGGUGUUGCUUUCUUCGGCACACCGCACCAAGGGUCCAGCUACUUUGCCAUGCCCAGUCUCGCAAGCAGUAUACAGUCCUUGCUGCAGCUCUCAGCCCCCCUUCCCGCAUCCAUCACGGACGAUCUACGCGUCGGAAACAUUCUGCUUGGUCGUAUCGACGAGGACUUCAAGGCCGUGUCGCAUGAUUUGCAGGUGUGGACCUUUUACGAGACCAUCGACUCGCGACUCUCCGGAGGCAGCAGCACCCCGACUGCCUCGGAGCCUCGGGACGUGUACUUUACCGCACCGCUUACUUCCACCAAGUCGGCCAUACUGGGAAUGCGGCAGGAACGAAUCUUUCCCCUGCAGAGCGACCACGCCAACAUUGCUUCGUUUGGACGGCAUAAUGUGCACACGUUGCGGCUGUUUGUCAGCCAGCUCGCGCUCCAGAUUGAGCUUGCCGACAGGAGCCUUCGCGAGAGCCAGGCGGGCGGCCAGGCGGGCGGCCAGGCGGGCGGCCAGUGGAAGCUGGGAUUGGAGCACAAAGUCACCGUGGAAGUCCACGGCUUCUUUGACGGUCCGCCAGCCAACCAGGGCCAUCAUCAGGAAGCGGAGGAGCCCCCGAUCGUGCGAGCAUGGUCCACUCGCUUACCUCUGCGAGAGUUUCUGAGCAAAGGCCCGGAGGAGAGCUUGAGGGAGCGCCUGAACGAGGUUGAGGCCUCUCCUGGGCAGGGGCAGUUCCUGAGGCGACGGGGUCGAGCAACCCGAACAAGCCAAGCCAGCGCGCCGGCCCCUGCUCCCGUGCCUGUUGCCCCUCCGAGCCCGAUGCCGGUGAAGAAUGCGCUUGGCAUACAGUAUGCAGUGUCUGAUGCGGGCUUUGUGCCGUCUCCUGCGUCCCCUGUGAUGCUACCUGCAGAUGCGGCGCCUCUGGGGCGCGUUCCGCACUCUGCGCUUGUGGCUACUCCCCUGCGACUGAUAGCGCCGCCGUCGCGCGCAAUAUCAUCGAGCUCGAGUCCGAUAAAGGUGCCGUCCCCGCUUAUUCGAGCCGAUCUGGAGCAAGACCUGGCUGUCGAUCGGCUGUCGCCUCCCUUGCGCGGUCGCAUGGGUCGCUCUGUCAGUCGGUCUUUCAGCCUCGGCAGUGACGGGUCCCGAUUCGGAUACCGAGGCUUUUCUCCCUCCUCACUGGCAAGUCGUGCCGUCCCAAGGAAAGCCCAUCUCAGUGACGACGACGACGACGACGACCGAGGCGACGACGCCAAGGAAAACGAGGCACAAGCGUCACCGAGACUGCCAGACGCGGCUGCGACUGUUGGAAAAGUCGCCAGGGAGCAGGAAGGUCCUGCGAGCGAGACGGUCAUUGUAGACGGAGUGGCCAUGGCUUUUGCGACGCCCGAUGUCAAGAGUCGCAAGUUUGUGUGGGUUCACGUACCCUUCAACAACCCCAGCUGGGUAAAGGGCGCGCACGGCGGAGCUGACAUUGAGGCGCAGAGCGUUUUGCAAUCUCUUGAGCGGUCGUACAAGAAGGACUACUCGGCUUUAUACGGACACGAUUUCUGGAUGACGUGGCACACGCGAGGCAGGCACGCGCAGCACUAUGCGUACCAUGCCAAGCCGGGCUGUUACUUUUCGGCCCCGAGAUAUCUAUCCUCUCGAAGCCAGUCCAUCAGCAACCUCUCCGUCUCGCCGCCCCGGAGAAGCAGCGACUCCGCGUACACCUGCCUGUUUCUGCCGUACCUGCAUUUCGACUCGUACAAGCGGCUCAUCCGGCGCCGGAAAAUCAUCGUGGAGCGCCUGUCGCGGGGCAGGUCGCAUCCCGUGCCGGAGAGCGUGGCCGAGUCGGACUCGCUUGAGCUGCAGGUCAUCUGGGAGUAUCUGGGCCACGAUCCCCCGAUAAACUGCCGGCGAACGCUGGACCAGUACGGCUAUCCGUCGCUGAGGGACACGCGGUCCCGGGACGAUGACCAGAUGCUAUACAAGCUUACCAAGGAACGAGCGGCGGGGCCGGAGCCCAAGGGUCCCCUUGCGUUCAAGCAAGGCUCGAGCAAUGCCGCUUUCUCGGAGAGCGGCAGCAGCGAGCCCAGCUCGGGGAGCAGCUGGGGGGACCGUAUCGUGGGCAGGGACGUGAACAAUGACAAUGAGCUGGAAAAGGUGCUCAACGGCAACGUGUUGAUGGUUGAUCAGCUCUGGAUAUGGGUCCUUCAAUCGCAUACAAUUGUGUCCAUGUUUCCCAAGCGUGAAAGCGACCCGAUCGAAGGCCCGCUGUAUCAGCAGGCGGAUUUGCGAGACAGCAUCUUUAACGAGGUCAAUGUCGAUCUGACCCGCCAGUGCGAAAACGCGCUGGACCUGGCGGCGCUUGCGGCUUUGCAUGCCGUGAGCGUCCUGCUUGAUCGGUCCUCGCACCCAGACCUUGAAGUCUUUCGAAUCUUUGAAGAAGCAAUCAGUAUCUUGACGGAGCGCCUCACCGCGUCUCUCAAAGGCUUUCGCGCAGAAGGCUUCCGCGACAAGGCAUUCGACUACGAACGUGUCGAGGACGGCCCGCGGUCGAUCCGCAAGAGGCACAAGGAGGAAGGCCGUCGGGCCGAGCGCGAAAACAGAGACAACACAUCGUCCCUGCUGGAGCUUCGCGACAUCGAGGACGAGCUGCAAACGCUGCUCCACCUCUUUGAACGCCAGUCCAAGGUCAUCAUAUCCAUGCACGCCAUCUACAACCGGCCCGAGCUGCGCGACCAAGCCGCCAACGGCCGCGGCUUCCUCGACGAGGGCAUCAAGCGGCUCGGCGAGUACGCCCAGAAGACCAACGAGAUGAUUCAGCGGGUGCGCGCCACCCGCGACGACUACGACAAGCUCCUGCAGAUGGUGCAGCGUCAGGCGCAGGUGGACGAGGUGCGUCUGAGCCGGCUGCACGCCGACCUGGCCAGCUCGCAGAGCCGCAGCGUCAUGAUCUUCACCACCUUCACCGUCGUCUUCCUGCCCCUCACCUUCUUCACCGGCCUCUUCGGCAUGAACACGCAGGAGUGGGGUGGCGGCGGCAACCUGCCGCUCAGGACGAUCGGGCUCAUCGCGCUGCCCGCCAGCGCGGUGCUCGUCGUCGCGUCGCUCGUGAUGGCGUUCAACACGAACGCGAGGCGGCUGUUCCGCUGGCUGGGCAGCGUCUACAGGCGCUGCAGGCGGUGGGUGUGCGUCCGCGCAUGGGGGCCGCUGAUGGCGAGCCUGUCGGAGCUGGGACGGCGGGUGGUUGGGGACGGGGGCGGCGGGGAAGGGGAGGGGAGCCGGCGCCGGAGGAAGCUGGAGACGGAGGCGAGCGACUUUUGGGAGAGGAACAGGCCGGAUAGGGAUAAGGGGUACAGAAUCCCGGAGGUGAACAAGCGGAGGAGGGGGGUGGCCAGGACGACGACGGCCGCGGGGGGGAGUCGGUGA